ACUUCGACUUAUCCGCCAUCUUUAUUAUUAUUAUUAUUAUUGUUAUGAUCAUGAGUCUGGUGCAUGACGUGCUGUCAGAUGCUACAGUGACAGUGUUGGCUUAUGGAUGAGAUCUGACAACAGCACAUACCUCACAAAGAGGCGCUCAGGGCGUGUUGUAACUCUAUAUGCUGUAAAGGAAAUCUGACGCAAAAUGUUGCACAGGAAAAUUAGGGAUUAUUAAUAUUUAGGGUCAUGUUGGAAUUAAACACCAAAAUGGAUUAAGUAAAAGAGAGCCAGUGCACGCUCCAGCUGCAGCCUCUUCCUCCUGUGGGUCGCUUGUGUCUCUACAUUAUUGAUUCCCAGAGGCUGCUGCUGCCGGCCAAUAGGCUUCAGAGACAGUUUUUUCAAAGGGAUGGGAGCAGAUGAAGUGAUGAGAUUCGUGUAACUUUUGGAUGACCCCUUCUUGACAAAGACAGUGUCCAUCAAUUGUCCUCAGUCAUUAUUCGCUGCUUUUAUGCCAUGGGGCUUUUUGUAUCUUUUGUUGGUUUCUCUGUUGAACACCGUGCCUCCACGUUAGAGCUUAGAAACUGAUAUAUUUGUAUAUCUGCGUGCAUAUAACGACUCUAAAUGCAGCCGGGGUUUCAUAUUUCUUUGUAAAUAUAUGAUUUUAAAGUUAAAUAUUGAGGUAUAGUUUGAAUUAUGUGUGUUUUUCUUAUUUUCCCAGCAUGCUUUUUAUUAUCCCAAAUGCGCACGCAGAUGUUUCAUUGCAAUAUUUGUUUUUCCGCCACCGGGGUGUAAUUUUGGUGUAUCUUAAGUUAGAUAAAAUUGCUUUUAGUUGUAUGUUUACCCGUUUAUGGACCAGCAUCACCUCUAUUGGCCGAUCUGGUCACAUGGUUCGCUAACUUUAUUCAGUUGACACCAAGUAGGAGGGCUUUAUGGAGGGAGGAAAAAAAGACAACUCGAGAAAAAUUAGUAUUUUCUACCUUCAGAAAUUAAUGGCCAUGAGUUCGUAUAUGGUGAACUCUAAGUAUGUGGAUCCCAAAUUUCCUCCCUGCGAGGAAUAUUCACAAAAUAACUAUAUACCUGAGCAGGGCUCGGACUACUACAGUCCAUCGCAGGACACAGACUUUCAGCAUCCAGGGAUCUACCCACGGCCAAACUACACGGAGCAGCCCUUCAGCUGCAACACUGUGCAGGACUCCACAGUGCAGCCACGGGGUCAUGUGCACGAGAGAUCCAGCCACUCGAGUCCUUUUAGCGCACAGACUGAGCAGGGGCCCCCGGUCCAAGUGGCCGGACCCCGGACUUGUGGACAGCAGCAAAACACAAAGAGCCAAAAUGGGAUACAGUCCAAGCAGCCUGCAGUAGUUUACCCCUGGAUGAAGAAAGUCCACGUAACUACUGUGAACCCGGAUUACACAGGAUCUGAGCCCAAACGGUCCAGAACAGCUUACACCCGGCAGCAGGUUUUGGAGCUUGAAAAGGAGUUUCAUUUUAACAGGUAUCUGACCAGGCGGCGACGGAUUGAGAUUGCCCACACUCUUUGUCUCUCCGAAAGGCAGAUCAAAAUCUGGUUUCAGAACAGACGGAUGAAAUGGAAGAAAGAUCACAAACUCCCCAACACCAAGGGCAGAUCUGCACCAACCUCCAGCCAUCUGCAGAGCAUGCAGAAGGAUAACCAGACUGAUAUCACGUCAUUAUAAGAGAGGGGGAAGGUGUCACGCACCUUUUUUUGUUUGUUUUUUAGAAAUAAACUGUACAUAAAAAAAGACAAAAGGGUGCAUCUGACUUUUGCAUGGACUGAUGUUGUUUUUAGCCUUUUAUUUUUUAUUUAACAAAAAAGACCCCAGCAGUGUUGACUCGAGACUGAGUCAGAAAAUCAAUCAGUCUUUAUAAGUCAGAUGUUUGAAAGUUCUUCCUUGUUUUAUUUCCUCAAAGAGACAAAAACAUCGAAACUUUUCUUUUUCUUUCCUUUAUUUUUUCCCUUUGGACGUUUACCCACCUGAGGACAUUUAAUGAGCAACCUCGGCUGAUUUCAUGGAUUUAAACAAAAGUGUUGCAGCUCUUCUCACGUGGAUUCACGCUGGUUUAAAGAUUGAAAUGUCUUUAUUCAGAGCAGGAGAGCCCUUGGUUCAAAUUCCACACACACACACACAAAGGUUAUUUCAGUUUUUCCUGCUAUUGAAAUCUCACAUUAAGCGCACAACAUAUAUAUAUAUAUAUACAUAUAUAUAAAUAUACUUGAAGGAACCAUUAUUUGCAUUUAGAGCACGCCAAACACACUUUCGUUAAGUUGCAAAAACCCCGGUGAAUCUCUCAGCUCCAGGUUUCUUUGUGACUCGUAUGUUUUAAUUUAUUUUGUACAAUAAAGCUUUGAAAUUUUCUUAGCCUAAAUAUUAUUCCCAAAAGCAAGACAUUCCUGUGUGCAUACUAUUCUGAGUGCCCUUAUAAAUCUCUCCUGACAUCUUUGUAAACAGUGUACAUUUUCAGAGACUCUCUCGUGCCAUUUGGAAGUCUUAUAUGAAAGAUCAUUUGUUCCUGCAUGGCAUCGAAAAUGAAUAUUGGAUGUUUCUCAUCGGAAAUAAUCAAAUCCAGAAUAUUUAGGAGUGUAAUUGUUUAUUUUUCUUUAUGAUUUUUUUUACGUCAUUAUUUAUUUGUUUAAAAAGUGUAAAUUUUCGUAUAGCACACAUACAGUUUUAAUUAAUUCGUUAAACUUUAAUUAAUCUAAAAAAAUAUGUUUGAACUCUUGUGGAUUAUUAGCAUGGCUUUAUGCAGAAGUUUUAGUCUUUAGUUCAUGUGGGAAUCUUCUAGUUUUUCAUUGACACAACCGAGGGGGGGCUUUCACGUCACGUCUCAAGACAGAUAUUUCUUGUUUUAUACCGUCAUUGUCCUCGGACAACAAACAAAAAAAAAAAGCCCAGAAGCUCUCCCAGUACGAAGAAGGUCUUCUCUGUGAAGUCUUCACCAUGAGACGAUUGAAAAGGUAUUUCAACCGAAGGUCGACAAAAGCAGCAGUGGCAGGUUCAUCCAGGGGACACAUUUCAGCCGCAAGGACUGACCUCAGCACCCCUGACCCGCCGGACAAGCAGCAUUUUCUCUCCCAGGCGCUCUUCGCUUUGGUUUGGAGGCUUUUUUUUGUCCACACUUAAAAAACCAAAGCAUUCAAAGCAAGAGUCAGUGCGUCAAUCUCCAUAGUUUCUACACGUGUUUUAACAGUAUUUAUUCAGCCCCCAAAAAGCUUCUGGUUUGUGCAUUUGUCUCAUGUCAAUAUGCAAUCUUUUUGGUUUUAUUUUUGUACAUGCUUUUUACCUUGUAUUGUGUAUUGAGAUGCGAGAAGUAUAUUGGAAAAUAAAGAUUUCUACUGAUUAUGCAUUUAAAUGGCUGCAGAGAGCACUUUGUCGCGAGGUUGGGGAAAAAAAAUCAGAGGAGAAUUCUUUAGAUUUGGAAGAAAUAAAUUUCCCCGGGCCCACUGACGUAUUUUAAAAAAAUCCUUCCUGCUCAAAUUUGUAUUCUAUUCCCAUAUUUUGCUGGGUUAUUUAGCAUCAGUCCUUUUGCGCCGUUUUCAAAAGGAUCAUUUUUGGUGGGAAAAGAUUUCUCAACAAGCGUGUGGAGCCAUAUGGACCCACAGCCCCUUUCACAAAAUAUCCACAAAUGCACCAAAUGUGCACUGCAUGGGCAAAUUCGCCCUCUUCUCCUGUCAGGCAUGGAAUUUACGAUCAUAAAUAUGUUAUUAGUCUUUAAGUGUGGCAUAUCUUUAAAAAUACCAUAAAGAAUGAGUUUCCAGCCUUAAUUCAGCCUCGCUGGCUCUUAUCGAAAGAAGAGCAUGAUUGCGCAAAAACACUCACAAGCUCUGAGUGGAGCUUUUCAAGGUGAUUAUAUUCAAUGAAAACUGGCUUUGCUCUCUUGUAAGACUUUGCAUUGAGUCAAUAUCGCAAAAUACUUAUUAGUUACAUGAGCCUUUAUUAUAUAAUAGAAACACAAAUGAAGUUUACUGGCCUCGUAGAUUCAAACUGACACAUGCAAAGUUUAUCAGAGGCGGUGGUGCUGCUCCAAACCCACAUUACGCCACAUUUAUGACUAAAUAUUUUUAAAAUACAGACACACACACAUUAUAAACCACUCUAUGUUUGAUAUUAAACCCCCUCAUGCUUCACAAGUUGCGCCUUUAUUGAAUACGACCCAUCGCUACACUGACCUCCGACCCUCCACACUGCAGAAUCAGCCCUGAUACAAA